UUGGCCGGCGGGCGUCUGGGGGCUUCUGUUGUGACAGGUUCCGUCUGACUCGCACACACACACACACUAAAACUGUUCUGGAGGAGGUUUCGCAGAACUCUCGCACACACUCACAGAGGAGGUCAGCUGGUCCGGCACUCGGAGAGGAGGCCAGCUGUGAAAAGGAACACGAGACCCGAGGCAGUCUUUCUCGGCGGACGACGGGGGAAAAGGAUCUGGGGCGGGACGCCGGUGAAGAUGAAGCGGACCCUUUGUGGAACUUCCUGCCUGGUGACUCUGCUGGUGGAGCUCAGCUGGAUCAACGGCGGCCUCGGUCUGGAGAGGGAGGCGGGAAGUCGGGUCAUGAAGCAGUGGGAACGGAAGGUGCGUUCCGCCUCCAGCCUGGACGAGCUGCUCAGGCUCGCCGACUUCCCCGACUGGAAGUUGUGGAAAUGUCGCAUGAGACUGCAGCAGUCGGAUUCUCUUUUCUGGCCCCCGUUGGCCGGUUCCCACCGCUCCACGCGCUACGCGGCGGAGUCUUACAGCCUGGAGAUACUCAAAGCCAUAGAUGAGGAGUGGCAGCGGACACAGUGCAUGCCCAGAGAGACUUGUGUGGAUGUGGCCAAGGAGCUGGCCACCGACCCGUCCGUCUUCUUCAAGCCACCUUGUGUGUCCGUCCACAGAUGUGGCGGCUGCUGCAAUCAAGAAGGUGUCACGUGCAGAAACACAAGCACAGUCCUGGUCAAUAAAACUGUCCUGAGCGUGAUUCCGUUCAAGUUCGUACCGGAGCCCGUGUUGAUAAAAGUCUCGAAUCACACAGAAUGCCGAUGCCUGGAGCCGGCCAUCAUCCGACGUCACGCUCAGCCUCAGAGGGGCAGCGGUUGUUCCCUAAUCGGUCAGCACCCGGAGGCUGAGAAUUCCAGGAGACUCUGCGUCAGCGGUUGGAUUUGGGACUGUGCAAGUGACAGGUGCAUACCGUACCCCUCCAGUAGUAGACCAGACUUUCCACUCAGUUCGUGGAUGCCCGACUGUGAGAUCGACGUCGAGCGUUGCGACUGCGUUCCGAGAGCGGAACCGACCGCCCAAGCGAGACCCGUCCAGCGCUGCCACCUGAACAGCUCCGUCUGUUCUCACAGACGUCAUCAAUAUUUUGACGCCUCAUCCUGCAGGUGUCGGACUCACCAGACCUUGACAUGAUGUUCG